GGCGUAAUCGAAGAAAAAAAAAAAAUCUAUCUCUCUUCUUCGACGGCGCUGGAGUCUCCAAUGGCGAUCCAGCUUCUUCUGCAUGAACGGCUUCUUAAUCACCCCCCUCUUCGCGACGUCUUCAAUGCUCUUUCUGUACCCUAUGCUCCGGAGACGUAAGUCUUUUUCUCCGACCUGAAGUCCGGCCGGUGCAGCUCCUUCGUGGAGGCCAGGCUGCUCCGGUUCUGGGAGGCGAGGAACAUCAAGCGUGGUGGUGAACUGAUGUGGGUCGACAUCCUUUUCGUCGAUGUUAACUCUACCAUGAUGCAAGCGAGUAUCAGUGCCAGCCGGCUCUCAAGGUUUCAGUCUAAGCUCGCCGCCGGAAAGAUGUAGCAAUUGGUCAUGCUACAGGUAUAAACAUAACAGGUAUAAAGGUAUCGUCAAUUGGUCAUGCUACAGGUAUAAUCAUCGUUCGAACAAAACAGAGAUUUUAGAGAUGUAUAAACAUAAGGUCAUCCCAAGCUGGAGACCAAAAAAGGCUGUCCGCCGUACCCCUCUUAUGAUGAAGCUCAGCCAUGCCAGAGAGUUCUCGCUAGCCGACGUCCGCCGCUGUCUCUACGACCAAACUGGUCGGAUCACCAUGAAGGAGUGCAGGUACAUCUUCCGGCAUGCACGUCUGAAGACUCUUGCGAAGAACCCGUUGCGCACUCUCCGUGGUUAUAACGAUGAAUUGGAAAUGUGCCUUAGAUAUGGGAAUAAAGAGGCACAUUAUAUCGAGGGUGUCAAGCAAUUUUUUGCUUUGCAUGACCGUCCAAGGGGCAUGAGACAUCUCAAGUUCUCCGCAGAAAAACAAUACAAGAAAGGUAAUUAUCUGUAUGCCAUACUCAAGAUGCUUGCUGGUGACCAUGUUGUAGGAAUGAAUCUCCUGGAUCUCCAUAAAUGGAGAAACAACACUUACAGUGUCGACAAGGUUUGGAAGCAAGUGAAGCGGACUUUGCAUGAAGUUCCAAUCAUAAAGAGGAGAACAUAUGGGACAAACAUGAUCCUUAUCAUGCCACCAAGAUCAUGCAACCUUAAAGACAUAAAGAAGAGAUGCACAAAGUGCUUUUACUACAAGGAGAUGGAGAAAUUCCUCGAACUUGUGUACCGUGGCUAGGAUCACAAGAGAAGAAGGAAAAAAAAAAACGCAUACCAAUCCACGUUUACAUUACAAAUGUUACCUUUCUAUUUUUUUCUUUUACUGCAUUGUCUUGCAUCACUCCAUAUCUAAAUUUAAAUUAGCUGGUUCCAUACCUUA